AUGCCCUCUCUUACUGCCAAACGUGCAGAUAUCUGGCAAGAGUCAGCAAGCAAGCGGGUGAAGUUGGAUACCACAGCAACGACUGCACUAGAGACGCGAGAGGUGGUAGAGGAAACAUCUCUAGAGGUCGACAUCAUGGUGCUCGACUACCUCGCCUACCAAGCAACCACCGCGUGUCUCGCGAGUCGCAUACCCUCGAAGCAGCAGCCCACCCAUCCGCUAUCGCUCCACCACAACCUCACACUAACCAACAACCUCCUCUCCCACGUGCGCGCAAGACACCCAACCUACACCUUCGACCCCGACCUCCGCUUCCGCCUGAUGCUCCUGCAGUUCACAACCCUCUUCACUCAACGCCUGACCAGCAACCGGAGCACGCCCUCCCAGACAACACUCGAACAGCUUCGUCUGGCGAAUCAGACAAGAGCACGUGCCUGGAUAGGCACCGUCGACCGCAUACCCUCAUCAACCCACUCCACGACCCUCUACGACAUCUCCACCUCCUUCCCCACAACCGACGACCUCGACCGCAAUCGUGCACACGUCUUGCACUCCCUCUCCCUACCAGCCGAAGGCGAGACUUACGAAGACGCCCACUACGGCACCGAAGCCAGCCUGUCAUUACUCGACAUCCUACCCUCCUUCAUGCGGACCUCCGCCGCCCGAUGUGCCAUGAGCGAGAGCUUCCUGACAGAAAUCUCCAUGCAGAUGCUCGCCGAAUUCUGCCUGCAAGCCUCCCUGGAGCAAUAUCUCGUCUUCGGGGCCGAAGGGACGGAUGCAGUGGACGAGGCUUUCGCGUGGGGAUACCAAGAGAGUAGCCCGUCUGGAGGUGACGACGGCUCCGCUGAGGAAGAAGAACACGAAGACGAAAUAAUCGACAUGUUCACCGACGGCCGCUACGAAACCGAAGUGGAAGGCUGGGCAGAGAUCAAGACCGCACACAUCUCCCAGCUCUUCCCAAGCAACAUCACUUCUGCAGCACCGAGGAAUGCCUUUACAGGAGCAGGAUCAUCCGCGGAACUUACGACGAUCCUCGAGACAGCAGCUACCAAGUACCCAAUCACUGACUUCGAAACCAACAUCCUCUCAUACCUCGAAGCCAUGGCUCAAAGCAUCCCGGAACCCGUGCUCGUGCAGCUCGAACGUGGACAACUGGACGGGAUGUCCAAGGCCGAGACGCAGGAAUUCAUCCAGAGCUGUGGACUGGCGGUGUCGAUGCUCUAUGUGCCGGCGGUAUAA